AUGUCAAUUCCGCAAGAGUUGUACCCAAGCCAAGACGACCCCUCGCAUAUGGAGGAUUUUAUCGAGUUUUUGGUGAAUUCGGGCCGGUGGCAAGAGGCCGCGGAGAGGCUAGCCAGGGUUUUGAACGACGACACGUUUUAUUCGACUAAAGGGAAGACUAAGCAUAGGCUAUGGCUUGAGUUGUGUGACUUGCUUACGCAGCACGACAUGGUUUCUGGGCUGAACGCGGAUGCAAUUAUUCGGGGAGCGAUUAGGAAGUUUGCGGAUGAUCAGGUCGGGAGGCUCUGGACCGCGCUUGCGUAUUAUUACAUCAGGAGGGGGUUGUUUGAGAAAGCUAGGGAUGUGUUUGAGGAGGGGAUGACUACGAUUGCGACAGAUAGGGAUUUUAGUGUGAUCUUCAAUGCCUACUCCCGGUUUGAAGAGAGUAUGCUUCUUUUUAAGAUGGAAGGAGUAAUAGUUGAGGAUGAGCAAACUGAGGAUGAUGAUGAUGAAGAUGACCGUUUCGAUGUGGCAAAGAUUAAGAGGAAGCUGAAGAGAUUUUGGUUGUCUGAUGAUAAAGACGUUGAAUUGACAAAGGCCCGGUUUGAGCAUCUAUUGGAUAGGAGGCCAGAACUGGCUAACAGCCUGCUUCUUCGCCAAGACCCGCAUAACGUAGAGCAAUGGCAUCGGCGAGUGAAGUUUUUCGAGGGUAACCGUGCAAAGCAGAUUCUGACUUACACAGAGGCAGUUAGGACAGUUGAUCCCAUGAAAGCCGUCGGGAAACCUCAUACGCUGUGGGUUGCUUUUGCCAAGUUGUAUUACGAGGAUCACAAAGAUGUUGUCAAUGCAAGAGCAGUUUUUGACAAGGCAGUUCGGGUCAACUACAAGACUGUCGAUAAUUUGGCUAGUGUUUGGUGCGAAUGGGCCGAAAUCGAAGUUCGACAUAAGAACUUUGAAGGGGCUUUGGAGUUGAUGAGGCGUGCAACAGCGGAGCCUUCUUCAGCGGAGGUGAAACAGAGAUCAGUGGCAGCCGAUGGCAACGAACCAGUGCAGAUUAAGUUGCAUAAAUCCUUGAGGCUUUGGGCAUUCUAUGUUGAUUUAGAGGAAAGCCUUGGUACCUUAGAGUCUACUCGUGCGGUUUAUGAAAGGAUAUUGGAUCUAAGAAUAGCCACGCCUCAAAUUAUAACUAACUAUGCAAUGCUUUUGGAGGAACACAAAUUUUUUGAGGAUGCCUUCAAGGUUUAUGAAAGAGGCGUCAAGAUUUUUAAAUAUCCUCAUGUAAAGAACAUAUGGGUCACUUAUCUUUCCAAGUUUGUUAAGAGAUAUGGGAAAUCGAAACUGGAACGUGCGCGAGAGCUGUUUGAGCAUGCUGUUGAAGCGACCCCGGCUGAAUCUGUGAAACCAUUGUACCUUCGAUAUGCUAAAUUAGAGGAGGAUUACGGUCUAGCGAAGCAAGCAAUGAAGGUAUAUGACCGAUCUACAAAGGCGGUUCCGCCCCAUGAGAAGUUGAGCAUGUAUGAGAUCUAUAUAGCUCGUGCCACUGAGAUAUUCGGGGUUCCAAGAACAAGGGAAAUAUACAGGCAAGCCAUAGAAUCUGGUCUACCGGACAAGGAUGUCAAGACCAUGUGUAUGAAAUAUGCCGAGCUGGAGAAGAGCCUUGGAGAAAUAGACCGUGCUCGUGGGGUUUUUAUAUAUGUGUCUCGGUUUGCGGAUCCGCGAUCUGAUCCUGAUGUAUGGAACAAAUGGAACGAGUUCGAGGUGAACCAUGGUAACGAAGACACCUUCAGAGAAAUGCUAAGAAUUAGAAGGAGUGUUUCUGCAAGCUAUACCCAGAAACAUUUCAUCCUUCCCGAGCAUCUGAUGCAAAAGGAUAAGCAGCCAAAUCUCAACGAAGCAAUAUUGGACGCACUAAAAAAAGCCGGUGUUCCAGAAGACGAAACGGCUGCUCUAGAGAAGCAAUUGUUGCCUGAUGCCAGUAAAACUGCUACCAAAGAUAGUAACAGGAAAGUAGUACUGGGCUUUGUGAGUGCCGGAGUGGAGUCCCAGACCGAAGGAGGAUUAAAACUUGCUGCAAAUCACGAGAAUCUUGAGCUGCCGGAGGAGAGUGACUCGGAAGACGAUGAGAGAAUUGAGAUUGCCCAAGAAGAUGCUCCCUCGGCCGUUUUCUGUGGUUUGGUUAGGAAGCGGGAAGAGUGUGCCAAUAAUGAUGGCAAUGGAGAUGAUGGUGCUGCUACUGAAGAUACAGAUGAUGAGGCCCAUCUUGGCGCGCUUGAAAGAAUAAAAAGACAAAGGCGAGGAGCAAUGAUUUGAAAACACUUAACACGGGCGAUUUAUAGAUGGAAACGUACUUGCUGCCAAUCUGAUCGCGACCGCGACCCUUUUGUUCAUUUUUCAAGCACAACACUGGAGCAGAAGUAUCGAUGUAAUUUCAUAGAAUCAUUCGGUCUGAAUGUCCACAAGCUUUUGCAAUUCUUGUAGUAGCAAUGUUGAGUUUUCGAUUCAAACAAGUAAAUUCUUUUUGUAGAUAGAUAACCACCUAAACGAUUAGACAAAGAAAUGCAAACUGAGAAUGAAAUAAUGUGGUGCAAAAUUACAAAUCCCCCUUGUCGCGCGCCACCGGAAUUGUCCAAGCUUUCGCUACCAUAAUUAGCAUCCAAAACCUGCCCUCUGGAAUUUCGAACAAUUACCCCAAAACCUGCAUUUCUAUCUGAUGGAUGGAAAAAGGCCGCAUCAAAGUUAAAUUUCCAGAAACCCCAACGAUGACGUUGCCAUGAGUGAAUAUUACUAUCCUUAACAGAAUAGGGUUCUGGUAAACAUGUACAUCAAUAGAUAGCAGCAAGACAAUCUCCAUUCACAACAAAGCGGACUUCACCGUCUUAACCAGGGGAAGAAAAAAAAGAAGAAGCUUUUCUUUCCUUCCAAAUAGCCCAACAGAUUUGAAGAACAUAGCCAAUUCCUGCCAGAGAAUCUUCGGAAUUAUCUAAGUUUUGGAUCAACUCUUCAAACCACCAAGCAGCCAAAGUGGUAUCUUACAAAAACUAAUUCCCAAUAACACCACAACUGCUCCACACCUCCCUCGUCCAAUUACAACGAAACAAAACGUGUUCUAUCGAUUCAAUCUCCUCAAAACAAAUUGGGCGUAAAGGAGACCUAGCACAUUUCCUAAAGAAAAGAUUUUCUUCGUAGCAAGAGCGUUGUGCAAGACUUUGGGUGAACAGGGAUAUUCCCCAACUUAUGCGAAGCUUUAGAGGAAAUGAAAAAGGAGGAGCUAGGUGUGGGUUUUUUUUUUUUUAGAGUGCAACAAUUGAAGAGAAAGAGUAUAACCUGACUUAACUGAGUACACCCCUUUGCUGUUCAGUCUCCAAAUAACGCCAACCUCGUGGUUAGUCCAUGAAAUUGGAGUAGAAACUAGAAAGGAUUUCAGAGCAAACAUUUGGGGAUGGCGAAAGGAUUUCAU